AUGUUUGCUGCUAAGUUCGUAGUUUAUGUCACAGUUGUGCUUGUGGCAGAAGUGUAUUUGGUUCAUGCACAGGACAGGAUUAAGAUGUGUGGGAGAGACCUGAUCCGUCUGGCUGUCUCAUCAUGUGGUAACUCCCGGCUCAGAAGAAGUAUCCUGGAUAUAGAACAUGGGAAUCAGGACGCCUUCAGUGAGAAAGACCAGACUUCAGAGAAACUUCGUGUUCCUCUACAGUUCAAUGAAAGGAAGGAUUUCUUCUCUUUGGCUCCUCAUUGGUACCCCCUAUCCUCUCGGAUCAGAAGAGCUUCAGGAAAAAUAUCUGACAUUUGCUGUGAGAAAGGAUGCAGCAUGAAAGAGCUGAUUCAGUUUUGCUGA